AAAAUUGUUUUGGUAGAGAGAGAAAGAGCUGGGCAAUUUCUUUCUAGGGUUUCUUGUGGCUCUCCAUCUCGCCUCUGCCGCCAAUGGCCAUUGAUCAACGCGUCUCUCCAUCUCCCCUCUUGCUCCUCCUCCUUUCCUUGCUAAUCGGCGCUGCCGCUGCUCUUGCUAGUCGCCGCCGUUGGCCUUUCCAGCGCUGCUUCUCUCUCUCUGGUUUAUGUUUUCUAAUUCACUGUGAAAAUAAUGAUUCCCUGCAUAGUUCUUGCUGGCCCUAUUGGUCUUGGUUUUGGAUAUAUGAGUGCUUUACAUAUGCUUUUGCAAGGCAAUUAAAUGCUUUCCAGACUGGUGAUAUGUUAUUUGCCAUGUGGAAUUCUUAUAUCUUGUUGAGCUUCGCUUGGUGUUUUUCUACAGUGGGUUAUCCAGGUCAUAGUGCUUUGGAGAGGAGACUAUUGUAUGAUUUCGUUAUCAUGGAUGAGCAUUUUAAAGGACAAAGAUGUGCAUGCGUUCUUCUCCCUGCUGCUACUCGCAACAAUCAAUCUGGCCUUUGUACACAUUGCCUCUUGAUCUUUGUUUUUCAUCUCUUAUUCUUGGUGCUACUGCUGGUCUCUCAUACAGGGAAUCUGCUGCGCAUUGCCAUUUUUAACAUUAGUUACAUAAGAGGCCUUUUUCUUGAGAAAUAUUUCAAUGAUAAGUCUGUUCCUGCCUUAAGAGAUGAAGAUCAAGAAGCUUACACCAAUGGAUGCAAAGCUUUGCAGACUAAUUGAUUGGAUGGAGAAAGGCAUGUAGAUUUUGCUGAUAUGAUACUUUUGUACACUCAAAUGUUCUUACACUGUUUAUGAUGCAUUACAGAAGAAAUACCUAAGGACACUGUUGUUCUGUGUUUGUAAAGGAGUGGAAGGUUCAAUGAUUGAGGAAUAUGCAUGUAAGAUUUUAAGAAUAGCCUAUCCCUUGGAACUAUCAAUGAUUGCCAAGAAAAUAUGCAGAAGUAACUGUUAAUGACUCUGCACUAUGGCAAUGCCUGAGCCAAUCUUUUAGUAUAUGUAGAUUUCUUUCGAUGCAUUAUUAGAAUUAGUAAAUAAAUUUAUAUUUCUUCUGUUGCGGUUA